AUGCCCGGCGACACGGCACCGCACGUCGUGGAGGAUCUCCUCGGCAUCGUCCAGAUCCUCAGCGACGGCUCCGUCGUCCGCGGCGACGAGUCCGUCCUCGGCCCAAAGGAGCCGUUCCCGGACGUCCCCGGCGUGGAGUGGAAGGACAUAUGCGAGCAGCUCUGGCACAUGUCGCUUCCGGUCGGGGCGAGCAGGGACCACCCGGUGGCGAAUCCGUUCGGGCCGGAGAGCCCCAGCCUCGCGCCGGUGGAGCUCCCGCCGGCUCUUGUGGUGGCGCCGUUGGGCGACGUGCUCCGUGUCCGCGUGCUGGGGUACGAGGCGAGGCUCAAGGACAUGGGGAAAGACGUCGAGCUAGUCGAGUUCGAGGGACAGCAGCAUGGCUUCUCCGUCCUUCAGCCGUUCGGCGAGGCGGCCGACGAGCUGAUGCGAGUCCUCAGGCGGUUCGUGUACCAAUGUGACACGCCCGCUGUGCGCUGA